AUGGAAGGUUCUACACCAAGAUCACAGCACAAGGACCUCACUAUGGAAGGAGGAAAAAGUUAUUUCAGGCCACAAAAGGAAGAGCCACAAGCAGGUGUCCUAGAGCAGGAAGCAGGUGUCCUUGAGCAGCAAGCAGGUGUCAUAGAGCAGCAAACAGGUGUCCUAGAGCAGCAAGCAGAUGUCCUACAGCAGCAAGCUGAUGUCCUAGAGAAGAAAGCUGGUGCCCUAGAGCAGCGAGCAGGUGUCCUAGAGCAACAAGCAGGUGUCCUAGAGCAGCGAGCAGGUGUCCAAGAGCAGAAAGCUGAUGUCCUACAGCAGCAAGCAGGUGUCCUUGAGCAGCAAGCAGGUGUCCAAGAUCAGGAAGCAGGUGUCCUAGAGCAGCAAGAUGGUGUCCUAGAGCAGAAAGUUUGUGUCCUACAGCAGCAAGGUUUUCUAGAGCAGAAAGGAGUCCUUGCGCAGGAAGCAGGUGUCCUACAGCAGCAAGCAGGUGUCCUAAAGCAGCAGGAAGGUGUCCUAAAGCGGCAAGCAGAUUUCCUAAAACAGCAAGAAGGUGCCCUAGAGAGGCAAGCAGGUGUCCUAGAGCAGCAAGAAGAGCAGCAAGCAAGUGUCCUAGAUCAGCACUCUGGUGUUCUAGAACAGCAAGCAGGUGUCCUAGAGCAGCAACCUGAUGUGCAAGAGCAGCAAGCUGGUGUCCUAGAACAGCAAGCAGGUAUCCUAGAGCAACAAACUGGUAUCUUAGAGCAGAAAGCAGGUGUCCUAGAGCAGCAAGCUGGUGUCCUAGAGCAGAAAUCAGGUUUCCUAGGGCAGCAAGCUGGUGUCCUAGAGCAGCAAGCUGAUGUCCUAGAGCAGAAAUCAGAGCAGCAAGCAGGUGUCCAAAAGCAGCAACCUGGUGUCUUAGAGCAGCAAGCUGGUGUCCAAGAUCAGCGAGCAGGUGUCCUAGAGCAGCAAGCAGGUGUCCUAGAGCAGCUCGCAGAGCAGCAGGCUGGUGUCCCAAAGGAACAAGCAGGUGUCAUCGAGCAGCAAGAAGGUGUCCUAGAGAAGCACUCUGGUGUCCUAGAGCAGGAAGCAGGUGUCCUAAAGCAGCAAGAAGGUGUCCUAGAGAAGCACUCUGGUGUCCUAGAGCAGGAAGCAGGUGUCCUAGAGCAGAAAGCAGGUGUCCUAGAUCGGCACUCUGGUGUUCUUGAGCAGCAAGCAGGUGUCCUAGAGCAGAAAGCUGAUGUCCUAGAGCAGCCAGAAGGUGUCCUAGAGACACAAGCAGAUGUAAAGAAGAAAGCAGGUGUCCUAGAGCAGAAAGCUGAUGUCCUAGAGCAGCCAGAAGGUGUCCUAGGGACACAAGCAGAUGUAAAGAAGAAAGCAGGUGUCCAAGAGCAGCAAGCAGGUGUCCUAGAGCAGCCAGAAGGUGUCCUAGAUCAGCACUCUGGUGUUCUAGAGCAGCAAGCAGGUGUCCAAAAGCAGCAACCUGGUGUCUUAAAGCAGCAAGCUGGUGUCCAAGAUCAGCUAGCAGGUGUCCUAGAGCAGCAAGCAGGUGUCCUAAAGCAGCUCGCAGAGCAGCAGGCUGGUGUCCCAAAGGAACAAGCAGGUGUCAUCGAGCAGCAAGAAGGUGUCCUAGAGAAGCACUCUGGUGUCCUAGAGCAGGAAGCAGGUGUCCUAAAGCAGCAAGAAGGUGUCCUAGAGAAGCACUCUGGUGUCCUAGAGCAGGAAGCAGGUGUCCUAGAUCAGCACUCUGGUGUUCUUGAGCAGCAAGCAGGUGUCCUAGAGAAGAAAGCUGAUGUCCUAGAGCAGCCAGAAGGUGUCCUAGAGACACAAGCAGAUGUAAAGCAGAAAGCAGGUGUCCAAGAGCAGCAAGCAGGUGUCUUAGAGCAGGUGUCCUACAGCAGCAAGCAGCAACAAGCAGGUGUACUAGAGCAGCAAGCUGGUGUCAUAGAGCAGCAAGCUGGUGUCCUAGAGCAGCGAGCUGGUGUCCUAGAGCCGCACUCUCGUGUUCUAGAGCUGCAAGCAGGUGUCCAGAAGAAGCAAGCUGGUAUCCUAGAGCGGCAAGCAGUUGUCCUAGAGCAGCAAGCUGGUAUCCAAGAGCAGAAAGCUGGUGUCCUAGAGCAGCUAGCUGGUGUCCUAGAACAGGAAGCUGGUGUUCUAGUGCAGAAAGCAGAGCAGCAAGCAGUUGUCUUAGAGCAGAAAGCAGGUGUAUUAGAGCAGCAAGAAGGUGUCCUAGAGCAGCAAUCAGGUGUCCUAGAGCAGCCACCUGAUGCCCUAGAGAAGCAAGCUGGUGUCCUGGAGCAGCAUGCAGGUGUCUUAAAGCAGAAAGCAGGUGUGUUAGAGCAGCAAGCAGGUGUCCUAGAGCAGCAAGCAGGUGCGCUAGAGCAGCAAGAAGGUCUCCUAGAUCAGCAAGUAGGUGUCCUAGAGCUAAAAGCUGGUGUCCUAGAGCAGCAAGCAGGAGUUCUGGAGCAGCAUGAAGGUGUUCUAGAGCAACAAGCAGGUGUCCUAGCGCAGAAAGCAGGUGUCCUAGUACAUCAAGCUGGUGUCCUAGAGCAGCAAGAAGAUGUCCUAGAGCAGCAAGCUGGUGUCCCAGAGCAGCAAGAAGGUGUCCUAAAGCAACAAGCUGGUGUCCUAGAGCAGCAAGCAUGUGUUCUAGAGCAGCAAGCUUGUGUCCUAGGGCAGCAACCUGAUGUCCUAGAGCAGCAAGAUGGUGUCCUAGAGCUGCAAGCAGUUGUCUUAGAGCAGAAAGCAGGUGUGUUAGAGCAGCAAGCUGGUUUCCUGGAGCAGAAUGCUGGUGUCCUAGAGCAGCAAGCAUGUUUCCUAGAGCAGCAAGCUAGUGCCCUAGAGCAGGAAGAAGGUCUCCUAGAGCACCAAGCAGGUGUCCUAGAGCAGCAAGCAGGUGUCCUAGAGCAGCAAGAAGGUGUCCUAGAUCAGCAAAAUGGUGUCCUAGAGCAGCAAGCAGGUGUCCUAGAGCAGCAAGAAGGUUUUCUGGAGCAGGAAGAUUUCCUAAAGCAGGAAGAAGGUAUCCUAGAGCGGCAAGCAGGUGUCCUAGAGCAGCAAGAAGAUGUCCUAGAGCAGCAAACAGGUGUAAUAGAGCAGCAAGAACGUAUCCUAGAGCAGCAUGCAGGUGUCCUAGAGCAACAAGCUGGUGUCCCAAAGCAACAAGCAGGUGUCCUAGAGCGGCAAGCAGUUGUCCUAGAGCAGCAAGAAGGUGUCCUAGAGCAGCAAGCAGGUGUCCUAGAGAGGGAAGCUGAUGUUCUGGAGCAGCCAGGUGUCCUAGAUCAACAAACUGGUGUCCUAGAGCACCAAGCUGGUGUCCUAGAGCAGCAAGCAGUUGUCCUAGAGCAGCAACCUGAUGUCCUAGAGCCGCAAGCUGGUGUCGUAGAGCAGCAAGCUGGUGUCCUAGAGCAGAGAGCUGGUGUCCUAGAGCAGCAAGCAGGAGUUCUAAUGCAGCAAGCAGGUGUCUUAGAGCAGCAAGCUGGUGUCCUAGAGCAGAAAGCAGGAGUCCUAGAGGAGAAAGCAGGUGUCCUAGAGCAGCAAGCUGUUGUCCUAGAGCAGAAAAUAGAUGUCGUAGAGCAGCAAAGCUGGUGUCCUAGAGCAAAUAGAAGGUGCCCUAGAGCAGAAAAUGUUGUCCUACUGCAGCAAGCAGAGCAGCAAGAUGGUGUCCUAAAGCAGCAAGCAGUUGUCUUAGAGCAGAAAGCAGGUGUGUUAGAGCAGCAAGCUGGUUUCUUGGAGCAGAAUGCUGGUGUCCUAGAGCAGCAAGCAUGUGUCCUAGAGCAGCAUGCUAGUGCCCUAGAGCAGGAAGAAGGUCUCCUAGAGCACCAAGCAGGUGCCCUAGAGCAGCAAGCAGGUGUCCUAGAGCAGCAAGAACGUGCCCUAGAGCAGCAAACAGGUGUCCUAGAGCAGCAAACAGGUGUCCCUAGAGCAGCAAGAACGUAUCCUAGAGCAGCAUACAGGUGUCCUAAACAGCAAGAAGGUGUCCUAGAGCAACAAGCGAGUGUCCUAGUGCAGCAAGCUGGUGUCCACCAGCAGCAAGAUGGUGUCCUAGUGCAGCAAGCAUGUGUUCUAGAGCAGCAAGCUUGUGUCCUAGAGCAGCAACCUGAUGUCCUAGAGAAGCAAGAUGGUGUCCUAGAGCAGCAAGCAGUUGUCUUAGAGCAGAAAGCAGGUGUGUUAGAGCAGCAAGCUGGUUUCUUGGAGCAGAAUGCUGGUGUCCUAGAGCAGCAAGCAUGUGUCCUAGAGCAGCAUGCUAGUGCCCUAGAGCAGGAAGAAGGUCUCCUAGAGCAGCAAGCAGGGAGUACAUUCUCGCAGACCGCAACACCUAGCCAACCUAACACUGUGAGCGGCCUGCAACCGGCGACCGGAUACAGCAUGCAGGUGUUGUUGCAGGUGUCUAGGAGCGACAGGGGACAGGUGUGUGUGGCAGACGGUGCGGGACGGGAGAGAGUACACACUGUCAGUUUCAACACUUCCUGUCCCGACAUUCCAGAAGCACCAUCCUGGAUCAACGUCUCUGAGGUGACCAACAACAGCUUCUUAGUGACCUGGCAGGACCUUCCAUACAAGACCAAGUGCCACCUGCAGUAUGCCUUGGGUAUUUGGCUGGGACUCAACGACCAAGUCUAUCUCUACGUGCGAGUAGAUGAGGCGACCUACAGGGUGUCAGGUCUUCGGCCUUACACACACUACAACGUCAAAGUGUUGUCUGCUACGAGCACAGCGUACAGCACAGAACAACUAACAGAUGUCAAGACUCUGCCACAAGCUCCGGGGAAGGUUACCAAUCUCAAGGUCCAGGAAGCUGCCAGCUCUCUCACCGUGACCUGGGAUGGUCCUCACGACACCCCGCCCAGAGGUCAACUGGAAGUGUUCACAGUCAGUUGGCAGCAACAAGGAACACAUCAGUGGAACACCGACACCGUCGCUGCCAAAACAAAGAGUUAUAUCAUUCAGAAUCUAGCUGAGGACGUCAUCUAUAUGAUAAAGGUUAGCAGUUUUAAUGAUGAAUUAAGUGUUGGUAUCUGUAGUAAUGAUGAAUUAAGUGUUGGUAUCUGUAGUAGUGAUGAAUUUAGUGUUGGUAUCUGUAGUAGUGAUGAAUUUGGUGUUGGUAUAUGUAGUAAUGAUGAAUUAAGUGUUGGUAUAUGUAGUAAUGAUGAAUUAAGUGUUGGUAUCUGUAGUAAUGAUGAAUUAAGUGUUGGUAUCUGUAGUAGUGAUGAAUUUAGUGUUGGUAUCUGUAGUAGUGAUGGAUUUGGUGUUGGUAUCUGUAGUAGUGACUGA